AUGGCUGCGGCCUCGGAACAGGGGCACGAACUCUCCAGUGAGGAGAGAAAUCUGCUCUCCGUCGCCUACAAGGACGUGGUGGGCGCCCGCCGCUCUUCGUGGCGCGUCAUCGCCAGCAUUGAGCAGAAAACCGGGAGGACUGAGAAGCAGCAGCAGCUGGGCAGAGAGCACCGGGAGAAGACAGAGGCCGAACUGCAGGAUAUCUGCAAUGAUGUUCAGGAGCUGUUGGACAAACAUCUUAUUCCCAGUGCUACACAACCAGAAAGCAAGGUGUUCUACUUGAAAAUGAAAGGAGAUUAUUUUAGAUAUCUUUCUGAGGUGGCAUCUGGAGGUAAUAAACAAAGCACGGUGUCGAACUCCCAGCAGGCUUCCCAGGAAGCAUUUGAAAUUAGCAAGAAAGAAAUGCAGCCUGCACACCCAGUUCGACUUGGCCUGGCACUGAAUUUCUCAGUCUUCUACUACGAGAUUCUAAAUUCUCCUGAAAAGGCUUGCAGCCUGGCAAAAACGGCCUUUGAUGAAGCGAUUGCUGAAUUGGAUACACUGAAUGAAGGGUCUUACAAAGACAGCACCCUGAUCAUGCAGUUGCUUAGGGACCAUCUCACACUGUGCACGUCGGAAAACCAGGGAGAUGAAAGAGAUGCUGGGGAGGGAGAGAACUAAUGUCUGUUGUGCUUCGUGAUCUGUUCAAUGUCACUCUACCCUCCACAUA